CCAAGAAAGAGGCUGUCAAAGAACGAGUAGGUUAGUUAUCUGUCCAUUUCCAAAGACUGGCGCAAUGGCGGCAAAUAAGGAAGCUGUCGCCAUCAUCCUGGAUGUUGGCCCCCACAUGAACCAAGGCCCCCCUGAUGGUCCGACAGACCUUCAAGAAGCAAAAACAUGCGCCGAGCUUAUGAUACAGCGCAGGAUCUUUUCGGAGUCCAAGGACGAGGUUGCAUUGGUGAUCUGCGGCAGCGAGCGCACCAACAACAGCCUGUCGAGCGAUGAUGAGUACCAGAAUAUUGAUGUCUUGUGUGGACUGCAGCCAGUCAGCUUUGACAUGCUGGAAAAGCUUGAGGAUGUUGAGGCAACGAAGCACAUGUGUGACUUCGUCGAUGCUAUUGUAGUUGCUCUCGAUGUUAUUGUGGACAAAACAAAGAACCUCAAGUUCAGCAGCCGGCGAGUGGUGCUCUUAUCCAACCUCGGCGGGAGCUUCAAUGACAGCCAGCAGAGCAUCAUUGCUGAAGGAAUGAAGAACUCAGAUCUGUCUCUGACCAUUGUCUGUCCGUUCGAUGUUCAGAACAUCGGAGAUGAUUUGGGUAAGCUGUCUGCAAGCCAGCAGAAAGCGUUGAAAUAUGUUGGCAGAAUUCUGGAAGCAGUCAACGGUGACUCGUACACAUUUAGUCAGGCCAUGCCAGCCCUUAUGUCAUAUGAGAAGAAGCGCACCCGCCCUACGCCUUGGAAUGCGAACCUUGAAAUUGGGCCUGACAUCUCCAUACCAAUCUCAUCAUACAUCAAGGUAGUGGAGGUGAAGCCCAAACCGUGGAAACAGUGCGUCGCCAAGCGCCCUACAGUACCUGUGCGCUGUGACACUGUUUACUACCGCAACGAUGAGAAGGAAUCGGAAGUGGAAAAAGACGGCACCAUACCAGCAUACCGGUACGGCUCAACUCUGGUUCCGUUUACCGACGAGAACAGGGCGGCCAUGGAGGGAAGCAAGGCAGGUUCUGGCCGGGGUCUCCAGGUACUCGGAUUCACCGACGAGGCCAAUAUCAAAAGACACUACUACAUGGGUGACAAGACUUCGUAUGUUGUUGCCAGAAAAGGAGAUGAGUCUGCUGGUGCUGCCCUUUCUGCACUGAUCCAAGCCCUCAAGAAGUCCAAGAUGGUGGCUAUCGUCCGGUACGCUUUCUCUGACAAGAGCGCGCCUCGGAUGGGCUUUCUGAGUCCACGGAUCAAGGAUCGUUAUGAGUGCCUCGUGUUCAUUCAACUGCCUUACAUGGAAGACUUGCGAAGAUUCACAUUUCUGCCCCUGGACACCAACAAGGACAACAUCCCUACUGACAUGCAGCUGUCCCUGUUUGAUGAUCUUAUCGCGACAAUGGACCUAACAGCUGUGGACAUAAAUGGGGAACCAGAAGAGCUCUUCAAGUCUAGUCAAACAUCGAACCCGUACCUGCAGCGGUUGUAUCAGUGUAUUCAACACAGAGCAAUGCAUCCGAAAGACCCACUGCCUCCCACGCCCCAGUAUAUUGCAGAUGCCAUCAAGACACCAAAGGCGGUUUCAGAGCUGGCAGAGGAGGUACUAAAGAAAAUUGCAGCUGCAUUUCCCCUGGAGGAGGUUGCUCCUAUUAAGGUGCCUCAAGACAAUGGAGUUGGACCCAGUGAACAAAGCAAGGAUCAUCUCUCAAACUCAGAUGAGCCUGCCUCCAAGAGGGCUCGUACUGAUGUCAGCAUGGCAGACCUGGUUGCCACAGCAACAACAAAGGUGGACGUGGUGAACCCUGUAGAAGAUUUCAAGAAACUAGUCUCUGGCAAGGAUCACUCCUACUCUGAAGUCUGUGAGCAGCUGGAAGAAGUCAUUCUGAAGUUGUUCAAGGAUGCCCUCGUGAGAGCAGCCCAUGGCAAAGCAGUACAGUGCCUUCGAGCCUACCGGGAAUCUGCACUUGAGAAAUCCAAUCCCAACAUGUUUAACACCUUCCUGAAGAAACUGAAGGAACUUUACAGUGGAGAUCAGGACGACGUUUGGAACCUGUUAACGAAAGAAGCCGUGCCCCCCAUUGCAAAGAAGGAAUGCGAUCGAAGCACGUGGCCAGAUGGUGAAGUGGAGAACUUCUACGCUGCCGAGAAGCAAAAUGCGGACAAAGAGGAGCAGCCCGCAAAGGACGAGGAUGACCUUUUGGACAUGAUGUAAAGAUGGACGGCAA